AUGAGCUCUAUGAAAAGCCAGCCAGCAAUACUCAUGACAAAGGGCAUUGUUGAACUUCGUACAAACCCUGCGCGUUUGGUUGGAAACAUUCUGACCUUCCGACACACACAGUCUAGGAAAGAAGUGACUCUUUUCCCAUUGCCUAACAUCGCCUCAGGGGCUUACUUCAAACGAACCUUUAACGCCGAAGUGCUGAUGCGCCAAUAUGAUAGAAUCCUCUGCGAAGACGGACGCCUUCCCUUCCUGGAGGGUACUUUGGCAGGCUACAAACAGGAGUUUCUCCGCAUGUGUUUUCCUUAUUUUGCCCUUCGCCCAGUGGUCGCGGAUAGUGAAAAGUUUGAUGGGAUUUUGCAGCGCGAUUUUAUUGAAUCUCGUAUGGCUUACGAGAUGGUGGUGGAGGGCUGGGAGCCACCGGUAGACCCGCGGGCACGGCGUGGAAUAGAGCGGAUUGCGACCUACGACGACGGAACUAAAGUGGCCGUCCCAUGGGGUGUUUAUCACAUUCCAUAUUUUCGCUACCGCCUCCAAAAGGAAGGGUAUGUGAAAGUGAAUAUAGAGGAGGUGAUAGUGCUCAACUUCCGCAAAGUUCUAAAGGUGAUAGUCCUCCUCGGUGUGUUAUUUUCUCUCUUCGUCAUUGUCUCCAUUGUUCUGAUCUUUUUUUAA